ACAAAAUUUUUUUUCGCCUCCUUUUUAGCAGUUUUUUUGCCUUUUUUUAGCGUUUUCUUUUAACAUUUUUUUUUUUAACGUUCCUUAAAAAAAUUGUUUUUUUUGAAUGUAUUUUUUAUUUGUUGCCGCCAUUUAACUUCAAUUUUGAAGAGUUUCCUGAAACUGAGAAGUCACUUUUCAAGGAAAGGAAGAACUGCGCCUUUCUAAAUAAAGAAAAAAAAAAAGCGAUCAUCUGCAGUUGCGAAUUGCGAAGUUAACCUUUUUUGUUAAGCGAACAAAACGGGAAACUCGUAUUCUGCGGUAGAGGCCACACGGCAUACUCAUCUCUGAGAAAGGAAAAAAAAAAAAAAAUUAUUUUACUUUUUCGCGUGAGCGAUACGGAAGAAGGAAACCCAUUGUAACCAUGGCGGAUAGGUACGAGGAAGAGAAAAAAGAUGCUGGGAAGAAUAUGAUGAGCUUGAGGAAGAAGAAGCUGAUGAAGUACCUCCAGAUGAAGGAGAAGAAUCAGAAAAAGAUGAAGGCACAGAAACUGAUCAACAAGAAGAAGCGAACCGAACUGCGACUACGCACACUGCGCUACGAGAAGGAGUACGAAGAGGAACGGAAGAAAAUCGUGCAACUUAAAAGAGAGGCAAGGAAAAACAACUGCUUCUACAGAGAGGCGGAAAAGAAAGUCGUUUUUGUGAUCAGACUAAAGGGAGUGAAUAAACUGUCCCCAAAGGUGCGAAGCGUCUUUCGUCUUCUAAGGUUGCUUCAAAUACAUAACGGAGUUUUCGUGAAGGUGAACAAGGCCACCAAGGAAAUGCUAAAAAUUGUGGAACCAUUCGUUACCUAUGGAUACCCAACCAUUUCUACCAUAAGGAAGUUAGUUUACAAAAGAGGUUACAUUAAAGUCGGAAAAGUGAGAAGAUAUGCCAGGAAAAAAAUUCAGGACAACAAUGAGAUUUCGAAGCACCUGGGUAAGUAUAAUGUGCAUGGAGUUGAAGACAUGAUUUACCAACUUUACACUUGCGGGCCCGCUUUUAAAAAAGUGAAUAAUUUUCUGUGGGCCUUUAAGCUGAAGCCCCCCAAGAAGGGAUUCAAGGCCAAGCGACACGCCUUCAAUGAGCCCAGACCAGGUGAUUGGGGAAACAGGGAAAGCCACAUAAAUGAGUUAAUCAAGCGAAUGAUCUAA